AUGACGCCCAAAUGGUUUUUGUUGCGGACCUUUGAAGUUUGGCUUACAACAAGGCUGCUGGCUAGUCCCACGUUCCAUCGCAUGGUAGGAAGGGUCCAUGGUCGUGUGCAGCGCUUUAGACACGGUACACCUCCGGAAGAAAUGGGAGGUACCAAGCUGGACAACAACGGUCCCGGAUUCAAACAAUUCUUGGAGUAUUUCAAGGAAGAGCUCAAGGAUCAGGCAAAGGGAAAACCACGAGACAAGUUUUGA